UUUUUUUUUUUUUUUUUUUUUUUCUAAUCUACUUCAUUGUAUCUAUUCUAUUCUUUCUUCAUUUACAUAUAUUCAUGACUUACCAUUAUUCAAAAAUAAAAUGGACCGAACCUAAACUUUAUAGUGUUCCAUUGGUUUGUAUGUUUUUAUUAAUAUUAUUAUUACAACGAAAGUAUACACCUUCACCCGACUUUGUUAAUACGAUUCAUCAAGAAGAAAUCCAGGCACCUUGGUCAAUUCAACUAGCUAAUCUUGCUACAUCCAAAUAUUCUCGACAAAGUCUUUAUACCCCAAGCAUGUUUACACCAGACGCUUUGAAUAAUAAUCAUUUUCGACCCAUCACUGCCAUUAUUUUACGUACUCAUCAAGAUCAAGGGAUCCACCAUAUUGUCGACCAUUUACACAAAUAUCCAUUUUUCAAGGAAAUCUCAAUCUAUAAUUUACAUUCUUCUUCAGCUUCAUUGUCUCCUCAGUUAUUCGAACGACCGAAUCCCUGGUUAUUACACAAAGUGGAUAUUAACAUUAUUGAUGAAAAAGAACAAGAUCAUGAUGGUAUGCUAGCUUUAUUUACAACCUGUGCCUUAUCAACCUAUGAUCAAUGUUAUAUUCAAGACGAUCAUGCUUUGAAUUUUCAUCUUGACAGUCUUUAUACUCAUUAUAUGCGUUAUCCUGAUUUGAUUCAUGUGAAUGCUCGUUCAGAAGAAUAUCUUACUCAUCGACGUUGGCAACUUUAUCAUCAAGAUGAAACUGUACAUUUACAUACUGGAUAUGCUAAUCUUCGUCAUGGAGCUAUCAUACCUCGCUCCAAAGCUCAACUUUUUUUGAAUCAAUUCGCGGUGCAGAAAACGAUUCUUUAUCAACGACGGAUGGCCGAUGUAUUCUUCUCUUUGUGGUCCAAUUCUUAUCCUUAUAUUGUUUCCAAUCCGCUCAACUUGGCAACUGAACAAAAUCCACCUUAUCAUCAGAUGUUGAAUGCCGUUCGUCGUUUGGAAAAGGCAUUAUCAGACAAGUUACCCUACUUUGAUGAAAAUGACAUUGGAUUUCCACUGAAGAAUCGAGAUGUUAGAACUGCUUGUGAAAAUGAUAAAUGUUUAUUCGUGACUAAUUUGGAUCCUUUCCCAUUAACAACUGGUUAUGAUUCCAAUCAAAACUUGACCAAUAGCAGUCUUGGAUCAUCGAAUGCCUGGCAACAUGAAUUAGAUAUUCCUGGAUCUGAAUUUUGGCUUCAUCGUGGUUAUCAUGCAGCUGUGGAUGGUGAUAGUAGCACAUGUUGGAAUUCAUAUCUAGUACCAAAAGAAGGGGAUUACUUUGGUUUAGAUUUGGUGGGCAAUAUGCGAGCAUCACGACUCUUGAUUCAAUUACGACAACCGAUGCAAGAACAACAACAAUUCAAGGUCAGAGCGGAACAACAAGAUGGAUGGGUAGACUGUGCCAUUACUUUGGAUGCUUCUCAAUCUCUACCAAGACGUCCAGUAUAUCAAAUGCAAUGUCCUGAUGAUAAACCUUUUCGUGCCAUUCGUCUUUUUUUCUUGAAACAGCAUGACCGAUCCUUUGAUCUAUGUGGUCUUGGUUUGGACAAUUUUAUUUUAUGAUUUGUGCAUACUUCCAUCUUACAUUCAUAUAGACAUAGUUUUAUCUUCAUCAACAAUUUGACAAUAAAGUCAUCAUCCACUUGUAGA